AAGGGGACACACCCCCUUUGAUCUCUACGUAGUUUGCUGCUGGAACAGGGUGUUUGCUCAGAGUCUGGACCAUUGGAAUUGUGGGUGUCUGCGGGCAGAGUUUGUAGCGGGCUCUGUGAGGUGCCGCGUGAGAUCCUCAACAGACAUUUCAAGAGGCUGUGCCCUUACCCAUGUCUGAGCUUGUCCACACUUCCAUCUUGAUGUCCUUAUGUGGGUGAAGAGAAUCCCAACCUGAAGCCUGGAGCCAACACAGAAAAGCCCAUAGCCUGUGGUCCUCAUCACCUCUACAGCAGUGAAGGUCGCCAGUGUCACCCUGUGGACCCACACCAUCCAGCUGAAGAAGGCAGAGAUGGGUCGUCACCAGGGUCUGUUAACUUUCAAAGAUGUGGCCAUAGAAUUCUCCCAGGAGGAGUGGGAAUGCCUGGACUCCGCUCAGCGGACUUUGUAUAAAGAUGUCAUGUUGGAGAUCUAUAGCAUCCUGGUCUCUGUGGGCCUUUCAGUAUCAAAAUUAGAGCUACUCACCUGUCUUGAGCAAAAUGAAGAACCAUCCACUGCAGGCAUAAAGGAAUUAAAAGGCAUAGAACCAGUCCUGUUUUGUUUUCAUAACAAGGAACUGUUCAAAAUAGAGAGCAAACCAGAAUCUCUCCAGAGAGAAGGACCAGGAAAAUUUGGAAGUAACAGCUUCGGAAAGUUACACGUAAAUCUACCUGAUGACAGGGACUGCAAUGUAGAUCAACAUAAGACUGUGUAUGUGAAUCCAGUAGAACAUGAAAGACAUCAUCAGAUGGGUAUUUCUGAAUAUCACCACAGAUAUCAUGAAGAUAAUAAAGGCCUUACUACGAACUUUGCACUGCAUAAUAACCACAACAAUCAAUUUACAGAGAUCGCUUAUCAUGGUAAUAACUCCUGGGAUAUGUAUAAACAUGAUGUAACUCCUAGCGAUGGACAGAUAAGCAAUUGUUUUCUAGAGAAUUGUUACAAUAAUGAUAGAUGUAGGGGUGUCUCUGGUCAGUGCACACAAUCACCUUUGUACCAGCAGUACUAUAGCCAUGAGAAGCUGUCUACAAGCAAUCAGCAGGAUAAAGUUUUAAAUGAGUCCUCAAAUUGUAUUCAGUGUAUAGAAAUUAGGUCUAGUGGAGAAUUUAACAGACAGAGAUCUGAUAAGUACAGCAAAGUCUCAAUUGAAACAUCAAGCAUUGAGAGGGAUAAGGUAAAUGAUAUUCAUAGAAAACCAUGCCUAUUCAUGGGAAGUGAUAAAUCCUUCAAUUUGUAUUUAAAUAUGACUCAAAAUGAUUCAAGCCACACUAGAGAGAAACCUCAGAAAUAUAAAGUAUAUAGACUGGAGUUUACCUCUCCUUCGAAAUUUGUUGGGCAUCCAAGAUCCUUUGUUCAACAAAAAUAUAGGAAAUCUAGGAAAUGCUCCAGGAGUCCCUCAGGCCUCACUAGACUUAAAAUGCUUCAAACUGGAGGAAUACCAUGCAAAUUUACAGAAUGUAGAAAGUCCUUUUCUCAGUUCUCAGGCCACAGAGAGAAUUAUACAAUCCAUACUGUGGAGAAACCUUUCAAAUGUAAAAUAUGUAAAAGGUCUUUUACCACAGGUUCAUAUCUGCAAGCUCAUCAGAGAAUCCACACUGGUGAGAAACCAUACAAAUGCCAAGAAUGUGGCAAGUCCUUUACUCAUGCCUGCUCUCUUCAAGUUCAUCUAAGGCUUCAUACUGGAGAGAAACCUUACAAAUGUACAGAUUGUGGUAGGUCUUUUGCUGAGGGCUCAACUCUUAAAUCCCACCACAGAAUCCAUACUGGUGAGAAACCCUACAAUUGUAAAGAAUGUGGAAAGUCCUUUGCCAAACGAUCAAAUCUUCAAGCUCAUAGCAGAAUUCAUACUGGAGAUAAGCCUUACAAAUGUACAGAAUGUGGCAAGUCUUUUACCAGCAGCUCCUGUCUUCGAACACAUCACAGAACCCAUACUGGAGAGAAAUCUUAUAAAUGUAAAGAAUGUGGCAAGUCCUUUACCCAGUACUCCCAUCUUCAAACUCACUACAGAAUCCAUACUGGAGAGAAACCGUACAUAUGUAUAGAUUGUGGCAAGUCCUUUUCUAAUAGCUAUUCUCUUCAAAGGCAUCACAAAACCCACACAGGGGAGAAAUCUUAUAAAUGUAAAGAAUGUGGCAAGUCCUUUUCCCAGGGCUCACAUCUUCAAGCCCACCACAGAAUACACAGUAGAAACAAACCUUGCAAGUGUAAGGAAUGUGGCAAGUCUUUUGCAGAGGGCUCAACUCUUAAAACCCACCACAGAACUCAUACUGGAGAGAAACCUUACAAAUGUAAAGAAUGUGGCAAAUCUUUUACCGAGGGCUCAACUCUUAAAGCCCACCACAGAAUCCACACUGGAGAGAAACCUUACAAAUGUAAAGAAUGUGGCAAAUCUUUUACCAUGGCCUCAGCUCUUAAAAUUCAUCACAGAAUCCAUACUGGAGAGAAACCUUACAAAUGCACAGAUUGUGGCAAGUCCUUUACCCAGCACUCACAUCUUCAAAGACACUGUAGAAUCCAUACAGGAGAGAAACCUUACAAAUGCAAAGAAUGUGGCAAGUGUUUUGCUGAGGGCUCAACUCUUCAAAAACAUCACAGAAUCCAUUCAUGAGAGAACCUUUACAGAUGUAAAGAAUGUUCAAAAUCUAUUACCUGAUUCACAAAUCUGAAAGAUCACUCUGGAAUCCAUACAGAAACAAACUACAAAUGUAAAGAAUGUUUUGAAAAUAUUACCAAAGGCUGUAAAUUUGGAACACAUUAUAAAAUUUAAGCAUGAGACAAAAGCAAGGGUAAUUACUGGCACACCGUUCACCCAAUAAGAAUGUUCUUUAAAAUAUGAAGUAUAGUUAGAAGCUUUUAACCAAUAUUUAACCCUUCCUCAAUAUCGGAGAGUCACACCAGGAACUCUACACUGGUAUGAAUUUGAAAACAUUUUACCAUGAAAUAGAUCUUAUAUUCACUCUGGUGGUUUGACUGAAAAUGGCCUGCACAGAUAUAUAGGAAGUGACAUUAUUAGAGGGUGUGUCCUUGUUGGAGUAGGUGUGGUUUUGUUGGAAGAAGUCUCUGGGGGUGGACCUUGAGGUUUCAGAUGCUCAAGCAAGGUCCACCCACUGUCACUCUUCCUGCCUCCUCUUGAUCCAUAUGUGGAUUCUCAGCUACCUCUUCAACAACAUGUCUGCCUGUGUGCCACCAUGCUUCCCACAUGGAGAUAAUUGACAAAACCUCUAAAACUGUAAGUGUGUCCCUUACAUAAUUUUCUUUGUAGGAGUUACUAUGGUUAUGAUGUCUCUCACAGCAAUAGAAAUCUUAAGAUAUCACUAAGCAAUUUCUUUGAAAAUAGAUUACAUAUGCACUAAUGUUUCAUACAGAAUUAUUCUGAAAUCAACUACUAAUAAUGGUAUAGAAUUCAUGUUACAUUUGACUAAACUAGUAAUAAUUUAAAACAUAAAGACUUGUAACAUUAAUAUUUCUUAUAACCAUCUAAAAUCAAAAUUUUUGCACAUUUGUGUAUUUCAGUAGAACAGGAUUUUUAUAUUUGUAUGAUAUAGCUUCAAUGUAAAGAUUAUUGUAUUGGCCAGGCAGUGGUGACACAUGCCUUUAAUGCCAGCACUUGGGAGUCAGAAACAGGCGACUUUCUGAGUUCAAGACCAGCCUGGUCUACACAGUGAGUUCAAGGACAGCCAGAGCUAUACAGAGAAACCCUGUCUCGAAAAACCAAAAACAAAACAAAAAAAAAAACAAAAAAAGACUAUUGUAUUAUAGGAUUUGAGCUUUAAGAAUAUGUUGCAGAUUAUCUAUAAUAUUAAAUUAACUUCCUUGUGUCAAUUACUAAUAAAUAAAUUAAAGCUUGUGUUCGUUUAUUGCUACCUUGGGGUAAUGAAUUUCAAUUUUAUACUGGAAAGGUAUCAUUAAUGUUGGCCAUUCCAUGAGCGAUAUUUUUAACAAAAACAUGUCACAAAAAUACAGUGGGUAAUUGGGAGCUUUUUAGGGAUGUGCAGUAAGGUAAAUGUGGAACAUAAAGGUGAAUACCACAGCACAGACGAACGGGUAAUGGAAAUAGGAAAGAGGAUUCCUGAGGGAAGUGAAUACAGAAGGAGGAGGAAGGAGGGUAACAUAAUAAAAAGGUGCCUGAAACUGUCAUGGGACUCAAGUGAUGUGAUGGGGAAACAGAAAAAGGAGGCUUCCUGAGGGAAGGGGAAAGGAGGCGAAUAUGGAUGGAUAUAAGGAUAUCUAAAACAACUGCAAAGAGUCAUAAUAGUAACUAUUCACCUUGAAACCAAACUUCACAUAAUUCUGUUUAUAAAGCUACAUAUAUUGUUAUGUAUCUUGAUUGAGCUGAGAACACUCUCUCUAAGAACUGAAGAACACCUAAUUAAAAUCCUAAUAACAGCCCUGAGAAGUUCUUUUGAAUUGUUUACCAGAGCUAUCCAAGAGACUCCCCAAACCUACAGCCCAUUGCUGCUUUAUUUAUCUGGCCAGAGAAAUGGAAGGGAUGUACCCAUUGCUAAAGACGCACCCCAUGCACGUCAAAAAACAGGGCGCAGAGAUUCCUGAGCUGGAACUGUGCUGAAUGCCCCCACCCUGGGGCUAGCUAUUAUGGGUACCAAAUAGUUUCCAAAGAGACAAACAACCAAGUCUUUCCUAGGUCUCUAUGGUGCCUGUUCACCACGUCAGUGACCAGCACUGCACAAUAAAUAAGGGUAAAGUAGUGGCACAUGUACCUUGACAGUAAACAAUUAGACUUAGACCCACUCAGCCAGACGGAAACACAUGCUCACUACUAGCAUGGAAACACACUAACUACUUAGUGCUAGUGAAGUCAUGGUUAUGGAAGGAGACUCCACACGCACUAAUUUAUUAAACCUGUAAAAUCCCUACAAUCUAUAAAUAUCUGUCCUCAUACCUACAAAUAAAUGCCAUCUUUACCCCUCAUCAAGUAAACUUCUGUUUGCAACAAACAGACCACUACAGAAAAACACAGCCAAUCAACAGGCAGAGUUGUGAAGCCUCGAAUCAAUGAUGCAUGUAGAAAACCAUUUGUAUGUCAAAGGCUUAGAGACUGUUUGAGAAGAGGAAGAGCCAGAGGAUCAGGAAGUUUGUACUGAGAUCAUGUUUCCUAGUGAUAUCCAAAAUGAUAUCCUUAAAGUCUCACCAACAUGUUAGCUAAGCACGAACAGAAUAAGGACACCAGUGGACAGGGAAAAGAUCAAGAGGAGGUCUUACCCCUACACAAAAUCACUGUAAAUAACUGAAGAAAGGUCCAUCUUCAGUAGUUUUUCUCCGAGAUUCUCUUGGAACUUUAGAUAUAAGUCACAGUGUCUUCCCUCUCAGAACAUAAGUUUUCAAACAGUUUAUAUAGAUUAGUUAACAAACAUUCCCUUAGCAAAGUAAAUGACUCAUCCAGCACACACCAUGGGAACUUAAAUUUCAUGUCAGGGUCAUGAAGAGUGAUGACCUUUCAAAGAACAUAGACUUCUUCCAAUAAAAGUGAUGAUGCCUGGAUGCUGCUCAGAGGGCUUUGUUCAGGAUGCCAUGUGGGAGAACUACAGUGAUCUAGUCUCUGUGGGUGAGGAUAUAUUUCCUUCAUGAUUCCCACUUCAUCCUAGGGAUGUCUUUCAAUUGCUAUUAAUGAUGAUAGACUUGCAAGAUAAAAAUCAUAUACUAGGUAAAAGACAACUUAUGCUUAUGUAAAAGUCAUCCCAUGUGUGGACAUAGGGUGAAGAUUAAGUAAUGACAACAAUGAAGUAGGAAGUAGAAAAGAAACUAAAAUGAUGGAUGCCAUGACUUGAAUGAAUAGAAGGAGUGAAGAUCUAGAAUUAUUCUUGGUUCACUGAUAAGAAUGGCCUUUGUUUCCCCAGGGAGUGUCUUCUGUAGUUUGAGGUAGGAAAAGUGCAAUUAGUUGAUUAAUUCAAGUUUGGAUAGAGAAAUCUGUGUAACCCAUUGGAGAUGAGGGUGGAGGCGGGGAAAUGCUGCAAAACAUGUUAUUACAGGGCUGUGGAUGGAACUUGGGACAUAGAUUUGGAAGAGCAGAGGGAGAGGUGAAGAUCAGCAAUUAGCCUACCUACUUCCCUGCCCAGUGUAGACUUUGUGUCUUUGAUUCUGCUGCAUUUUUGGUGUGGGACAAUGCAUUCAGUAGGAGAGUGUAGGGGAGAAGAACAGGACCCACUAGAAAUUAAAUGGACAGAGAAAUUCAAAGAUAGGAAACAAAGUCAGAGACAGCUCCCACUCCAAUUGUGAAGAGAACAACAGGAACACCAAGCUGCACAUCAACUACAAACAUAUGGGACCUAGAUCUAGCCGCUGGAUGUUCUUUGCUUGGUGUCUUAAUUGCUGUGAACCCUCACGGGGCCCAGGUUAGUGGACUCUGCAUGUCUUCUUGUGGUAUCCUUGAAGCCUCUGCCUUCUCUGCCCUCUUCUACUCACCUCCUUGAUUGCCACCUAGUGUUUGGCUGUGAAUCUCCGCAUCUGUUUCCCUUAGCUGCUGGACAAAGCCUCUUAGAAGACAGGCUAGCCUCCUGUCUGUAAGCAUAGCAGAGUAUCACUGCUAGUGUCAGUGGCAGGCUCUCUCAUGCAUGGGUCUCAAUUUGGGCCAGUCAGUGGUUGGCCAGUCCCACAAUCUCUACUCCAUCUUUAUUCCUGCACAUCUUGUAGGCAGGACAGAUUUGGGGUCAAAGGAUUUGAAAGUGGGCUGGUGUAACCACCUCUGUAUUUGAAAUCCCACUUGGCUACAGGAAGUGGCCACUUUUGUCUCCAAGUCUGCAGCUUCUUGGAGUCUCAGCUAAGGUUACCCCCAUAGACUCCUGGUAGACUCCCCAUCUCAGAUCUCUGUCUCACUCAAGAGGUCUUCCACCCACCGAUUUUCUCUCUCCCAGCCUUCUUCAGCCUCUCCAUCCCCACUGUCCACAUGAUCUCCACCCGUUUCCCUUCCUACCCAUCUCCCACUCAGUUUUCUCCUUCCAUCCAUUUCUGGUACACACACACACACACACACACACACACACACACACACACACACAAAGGCAAGGAGUAAUGGGGGAGGGGCUUGUGAACAUAGGGCUGGCAGGAGAAGAGAGGGGCUGAGAUAGGGUUGUAAAGUAAAUAAAAACAAAUAAAUGAAUGAACUAUUAAGAAGGUAAGAAAAGUUUCUCUUGGGUAUGGUCUUGUUGUAUGAAGAAGACUGUGAGUAUUGUUCAUAGACAUUCUGACAUCUGUCAGUAUUAUAAUGAUUUUUCAACAACAAUUGCUGGAGGAUGAUGUCUUAUUUGGGUUUUCAUUGCUGUGAAAAGACACCAUGACCAUGGCAAUUCUUAUAAGAGACACUUACUUGGGACUAGCUUACAAGUUCAGAGGUUCAGUCCAUUAUCAUCAAGGCAGGAAACCUGGCAGCAUCCCUCCAGGCAUGGCACUGGAGGAAGUGAGAGUUCUAAAUCUUCACCCAAAGGAAAGCCAGGAGCCAACUAGCUUCCUAGCAGCUAGGAGAAGGGACUACAAGCCUAUCCCUACAGUGCCACACUUCUUUCAACAAGGCCAUAAGUACUCCAGUGAGGCCACACCUCCUAAUAGUGCUACUCCUUGGGCCAAGCAUAUUCAAACCACCACAGAUGCAUCAAUUCAAGAUACAAAAGAAUUUUCAAAUUUCAUUUCUCAUUGUGAAAUUAAUACUGCCUAUGUUGGAAACAGCCUCCUCCCUUGGGCCUUCCCUGUUACUUAGUUUCCUUGGGUUUGUGAAUUAUAGCAUGCUUACCCUGUACAUUAUGGCUAAUACCUUCUUAUAAAUGAAUAUAUUUCAUACAUGA